AUGGAUGGGGCUAUACAUGGAUGUAGGGUGGCUAGAGGGGCACCACCGGUCUCACACUUAUUUUUUGCAGAUGACAGUCUGUUAUUUUUCAAAGCAAAUAUCCAGGACGCAGCUGUUAUUAAGCAGUGCCUGGUUAGAUAUGAGAAAUUGUCUGGCCAAAUGGUGAACUAUAAUAAAUCAAAUAUUUGCUUUAGUAGAAAUACCCAGAUGGCGCAGAAGCAGCAGGUGGCGUGGUGUUUGGGGGUGGAACUGGCAUCCAAUUUUGGGAAAUAUUUGGGGCUCCCUUCCUUUAUAGGAAGAAAUAAAAGGGCUGUAUUUGCAUAUAUUGAGGAUAAAAUCAGGCAGCGAAUUGGAUCAUGGAACAAAAAGUUACUCUCACAGGCUGGGAAGGAAGUACUCUUAAAAAGUGUGGCUCAGUCUAUGCCUACAUUUUCUAUGAGUGUUUUUUUGUUGCCUGAAUCAGUGUGUUUGUCUAUACAACGUACUAUGAAUAAAUAUUGGUGGGGGACAGGAGCAGAUCGUGGAAUACAUUGGAAGGCUUGGGAUAAAUUAUGCAUCCCUAAGAAAUAUGGAGGAUUAGGUUUUAAGGACCUUCGUGCGUUUAAUUUGGCCAUGCUGGGGAAACAGGCAUGGAGAUUUCUUACAGAACCUACCACUUUAGUAGCAAUGAUCUAUAAGGCUCGAUAUUAUCCAACGACUACUUUUAUUGAUGCUACUAUAGGAAAUAGUCCGAGCCACUGCUGGCGGAGUAUUAUGGCCACCCAUGAUCUAGUCUGUGUCGGGGUGCGCAGAAGGAUUGGAAACGGUAGGGAUACAUUGAUAUGGGGACAUCCUUGGUUGUCUGAUGAUCUUAGUCCGUUGGUUCAAACACACAUGCCUGAAGAGUUAAGACAAGCACUAGUGAGUGGCCUUGUAGAUCACGAUACGGGUACCUGGGAUCCACAUAUUCUCAAUGAUUUAUUUAUUCCUGAGGAUGUGAGCCGAAUCUCAAGAAUACCAAUAAGCCCAGAUUAUGAUGACACUUGGUAUUGGAAGGGGGACACACGAGGAAUAUACACGGUUAAGAAUGCCUAUAGGCGUAUUAUGGGGGACUAUUCUGAUGACCCAGGCAUGAUGGACUCGUUGUUAGAGGGGCAAGUACACCAGGCAGUUGGGAUCCUCUACUACUUAUGGCUAGCAAGGAAUUCGGCGUUAUGGGAGAGAGCCUUGCCACGGCCUACGGCUACAGUGAAGAAGGCGGUGCUGACCGAGGAGGCCUUCACCAGGCUGAGACGUGGGACGACACAGCCGAAUGCUACGGUGAGGCCGGAAACCGAACCGUAUGGGCUCAAGUGCUAUUUCGAUGCAGGCUACAGACAACACACGGGAGAAGCAACGUACGGAGUUGUGUUACUCAAUCACGAGGAUGUUUUUAUGGCAGCCUCGGCGGGGACACUACAUGGUGCCUUUUCACCCAUUAUGGCAGAAGCCCUAGCAUGCAAGGAAGCCCUAUCGUGGCUUAAAGGGCGCGAUAUACAGAGGGUUGAUCUAAUCACUGAUUGCAUGGAGUUGCAUAACAUGAUAACAUCAAGAAGUACCGGAACACGAUCAACUGCUAAUAUGCAUUCUCAUACACUAGCUUCGUUAGCUUUCGAUCAGGAACAUCCUAUGUACUGGGAUAGAGAGACGCUGGAGGGAGGGAAGGUCGUCGCCGCCGUGGUCCGAAGCUCCGCCUUCGCCGACGAGAAGCUUCGUACGCCGUCCGUCGAACCCGCCAAAGCUACAACUGGCCGGAGCUUCCACCGCCACUCUACUCUUGCUAGAACACAAAGGGGUCGCCAGAGACGCUACUACCACUGCUUCUUCGCAGGAGCUCUUCCCGGGCUGUCACCGCCGCAUGCUUGGACUGCCGGUUCAUCAAAUGCCAUCGCUUCCUUGAUUAAUCCAAGAUGCUACCGAGGGAGAACGAGCGAGAGGAAGGCUGAAGGUGGGGAUGCUCUGUCCGAUGCUCUGCCCACCGCCGUUGGAUAG